GCUGUGGGUUUCUCUUGACUCGGACGGGUUCGGGCUGCGUCGGGGCGGCUUGUUUUGUCGGGUUUUGUUUUUCGAGAGCGCGAGAGAGGCGGUCGGCCAGACCCGGGAGGAAGAUGUCAAACGUGCGGGUGACUAACGGGAGCCCGAGCCUGGAGCGGAUGGACGCCAGACAGGCGGAGCACCCCAAGCCCUCCGCCUGCAGAAACCUCUUCGGCCCGGUGAAUCACGAGGAGUUGGCCCGGGACUUGGAGAAGCACUGCAGAGACAUGGAAGAGGCGAGCCAGCGCAAGUGGAAUUUCGAUUUCCAGAAUCACAAGCCCCUGGAGGGCAAGUACGAGUGGCAAGAGGUGGAGCAGGGCAGCUUGCCUGAGUUUUACUACAGACCCCCGCGGCCCCCCAAGGGCGCCUGCAAGGUGCCGGCGCAGGAGAGCCAGGAUGUCAGCGGGAACCGCCAGGCGGUGUCUUUAAUUGGGUCUCAGGCAAACUCCGAGGACACGCAUUCGGGUGACCAGAAGACUGACCCGUCGGACAGCCAGACGGGGUUAGCGGAGCCGUGCGCCGGGAUCAGGAAGCGACCUGCGGCAGACGAUUCUUCUUCUCAAAACAAAAGAGCCAACAGAACAGAAGAAAGUGUGUCAGACAGUUCCCCGAAUGCCGGUUCUGUGGAGCAGACGCCCAAGAAGCCAGGCCUCAGAAGACAUCAGACGUAAACAGCUUGGUGGGUUGAUGAGUAAAAGCGCAUACCUGACACCCGAAGGAACUGGGCCACCUGGGCCGCAGGAACCCAGGGCCUUCAAACCCCUCCAUACCCGAUCUUAUAGGUUGCAGGCAGAUUAGGAGCUUGAGGAGUUUUGUUUAGUUUGU